CCGUCUGAAACGUCACAACGCCAAAACAUUAUCGCCGGGUUCGGUUGCUUUACGAAGUGCCACGCCAUUCUAAAUACAUUUUUUCUUGCCGUCGUUUAUACUCUGAACGCCGGUUUCUGUUGAUAAGUGGUAAGCAGAAAGAUGAAGUUCUAAAGUACUUUGGAUACCGAAUUUUCUAUUGUGUAAGUGCGUGGCUGACAAAAGCGGCAGUUUUCUAUACGUUUGUGAUUUAUUAUUAAUGCGGGAAAACGAGGCAGAAUCAGCCUCAUUCUAGUCAAAGCAAUAAGCAUUACUUCUUAAAAAAGUUUUUGCAUUCGCUAAAAUGGAGCACGUAUCGAAACUCCGAAUGAAUCUGGAGAAACAGGAGAGUUUAGUUAAGUUGGGAAUUCUGACAACGGCUGCCAUUCUGUCAUUUUCAACGAGACUUUUUUCGGUGCUUCGAUUCGAGAGUGUCAUUCAUGAAUUCGAUCCUUACUUCAACUACCGAACGACCAAGUUUUUAGCCGAACAGGGCUUUUACAAUUUCCACAAUUGGUUUGACGAGCGGGCGUGGUAUCCGCUAGGACGUAUCAUAGGUGGAACAAUCUACCCUGGAUUGAUGGUUACAUCGGCUACGCUUUAUCGUAUCAUGUGGCUGUUGAACAUCACAGUAGAUAUCCGAAAUGUGUGUGUGUUUCUGGCCCCGUUUUUCUCUUCACUCACGACCAUUGUGACGUACCUGCUGACGAAGGAGAUUUACAGUACUGGUGCCGGUUUGGUAGCGGCUGCCAUGAUUUCAAUCGUCCCUGGGUAUAUUUCGCGUUCCGUCGCGGGAUCGUACGAUAACGAAGGAAUCGCCAUCUUCUGCAUGUUGCUUACGUAUUAUAUGUGGAUUAAAGCAGUCAAAACAGGUGCUAUUUUUUGGGCAACUCUCGCAGCAUUGGCGUAUUUCUACAUGGUAUCCUCCUGGGGAGGUUACGUAUUCCUCAUCAACCUGAUCCCGCUUCACGUUCUCGCUCUGAUGGCAACUGGACGGUUCACACAUCGGGUUUACAUCGCAUAUAGCACUCUCUACACAAUCGGAACCAUAUUGUCAAUGCAGAUUUCGUUUGUUGGAUUCCAACCUGUACAGAGUUCGGAACAUAUGCUCGCUUUUGGUGUAUUUGGACUGUGUCAACUACACGCUUUCGUAGAUUACGUUCGAUCGCGCGUUUCUAAGGAACACUUUGAUAUAUUGUUCAAUGCGCUGGUAGUUUCGAUAGCAUCCAUAACUGCUCUGCUAAGUUUGAUUCUUACUCUGACCGGUAAAAUUUCCCCAUGGACCGGACGGUUCUAUUCUCUACUAGAUCCAUCCUACGCUAAGAAUCACAUUCCAAUCAUCGCAUCCGUCUCGGAACACCAACCGACCUCGUGGUCUUCGUUUUACUUUGAUCUGCAGAUUCUCGUCUUUCUGUUCCCGGCAGGGCUAUACUUUUGCUUUUCAAAGUUGUCCGAUGCAAACAUCUUCAUUAUUCUUUACGGCGUUACCUCGAUCUACUUUGCGGGUGUUAUGGUUCGCCUUAUGCUCGUUCUGGCGCCGGUUAUGUGUGUACUGUCUGGUAUUGCUAUCUCCCAUUUGUUAACGAAAUAUAUUCGAAAUGUGGACACCGGCGGCAGUGGAAGUAGCACUGGUGGUAAGGCUUCCGAUACGAAAAAAGCUAAGAAGUACGAACAGCAAUCCCCAAUGAAGAGUGAAAUUGCCAUCGCUUUCGUGGUGAUCAUAACGUUGUUGCUAAUAACCUACACUUUUCACUGCACCUGGGUCACCUCGGAAGCAUAUAGCUCACCGAGUAUCGUGCUCAGUGCCCGAUCACAUGAUGGCGGGCGAAUUAUUUUUGAUGAUUUUCGUGAAGCGUAUUACUGGUUGAAAAUGAACACGCCAGAGGAUGCCCGGGUCAUGUCGUGGUGGGAUUAUGGUUAUCAAAUAACGGCAAUGGCGAACCGAACAAUCCUCGUAGAUAACAACACAUGGAACAACACUCACAUCUCUCGUGUAGGACAAGCUAUGGCUUCCACCGAGGAUAAGGCUUACGAAAUAAUGAAGGAACUGGAUGUGGAUUACGUGCUCGUAAUUUUCGGAGGGCUGACGGGUUACUCGUCUGAUGAUAUCAACAAGUUCCUGUGGAUGGUUCGCAUUGGAGGUAGCACCGAUCGUGGUGCGCACAUCAAGGAAACCGAUUAUUAUGCAUCGAGCGGAGAUUUCCGUAUCGACAAGGAGGGGUCACCUACGUUGCUGAACUGUUUGAUGUACAAGAUGUGCUACUAUCGAUUCGGACAGGUUUACACUGAAGGUGGAAAGGCACCAGGCUACGAUCGCGUACGUGGGGCCGAGAUAGGAAACAAAGACUUCGAACUAGAUGUGCUAGAGGAAGCUUACACCACGGAGCAUUGGUUGGUAAGAAUUUACAAAGUAAAGGACUUGAGUAAUAGGGGCGUAUAGACAGCAAAGCUAGGGUUUACUUUUUGUCCAGUUUUUAGAGACAUCUUGUUCCUAUCUCGAUCUGGCGUUAGAAUUUUCCAUUCGUACUCGAAAUUAUUACUUAUUCACCGUUAUAAUUUUUUUGCUCAACAAAUAAAAACAACAUUUACAAAGCAGAAUAGUUGCAAUCGCAUAAAGCUUAGUUAUUUUAUAAGCAGCAAUACGAGAAUUGGACGAAUUUGUUAAUAUGCAACCAAACCUGCCACGAUAAAAAAUCUACAGUUCAGGCUAGUUACAAAACUUACUACGCAACAAAACGACUGCAGCAUAACAAACGUGCAUUUAAAUGUAGCAAAGUGUUGAGCUUUAACAGAUUCAUGAAAUCCAUAAUUAUAAAACUCAGGCUCAGUAAAAAAAAUCUGUCACAACGAAAAA